AUGGUUGCAUUUCUCAAUUCAGUAACUGGCCUCUUAUGGGGAGGUUCUCACUCGCACUCGCACGCUUCUAGUGGUUACAAAUGUAACCCACAACCUCAAUGUUCGACCAGUCAAUGGGGCCACAAGGCAUCAUCGAACAACUACCCUCAGUCUUCCUUCAGCGUCUCUGAUAUUACCUGGGAAAGCGACUUGACUUAUUCUGUUACCAUUGGCUCAAAGUCGUCAGUCUCUUUAUCAAAAUCUUCUUUAGGUUCCUUGAGCUUGACCUGUGGUAACUAUUAUUCCACUCUUUUUGACUGCGACAAAAAUGUUGAUUUGAUUUCUGACUGCAACAGUUGGAAGCAUAAAUUUUCAGUUAAAUGUGAGGACCAUGGUGAUAAAAUUUGCUUACCAAAGAUGAACAUUAACUACAAUUGGUGUACUUCUGCUUCUCAUAGAAGUAAAUCAUCUUGUAAGAUUUGGAAAAAGAAGCACUCGUACUCUUACGAUUUUGGUUGUGGCGAAUCUGGUCACUAUGAUUGGUCUCAGUAUUGUUGGCCAAAGCCCCCAAGCUCAACAACAGUACCACCCCCAUCAGCUUCAACACCAAGUACUACCAACACCCCACCACCUCCAGCUGAAACCACUACUCCUCCACCACCACCUGGCGAAACUACACCAUGUACUACCAACACUCCACCACCUCCAGCCGAAACCACUACCAACACCCCACCACCUCCAGCUGAAACCACUACUCCACCACCACCUGGCGAAACCACACCAUGUACCACCAACACUCCACCACCUCCAGCUGAGACCACUACCAACACUCCACCACCUCCAGCUGAGACCACUACCAACACUCCACCACCUCCAGCUGAAACCACUACCAACACCCCACCACCACCUGGCGAAACUACCCCAUGUACUACCAACACUCCACCACCUCCAGCUGAGACCACUACCAACACCCCACCACCUCCAGCUGAAACCACUCCAUGUACUACCAAGACUACUCCCCCAAAAGAAACAACUCCAUGCACCACUCCUCAACCAACUACUUCUCCUUGUGAUUGGACUGUCGAAGGUGGCCAUACCUACACUUACUCCUACUACACCAAGUGGGGUAAAGUCUGGAAGCACGAAAAGCAUGGUGUGAAAACUAAGUAUUAA